AUGAAGUUCUUCACUGCUGCCCUCGCCUUGGCUUCCGCCGCCAACGCCCACACCCUUUUCUCGGAGCUCUACAUCAACGGCAAGUCCCAGGGCGAUGCUACCUGCAUCCGUAUGCCCAAGGAUGGCGCCACAUCCACCUCCCCCGUCGCCGGACUGACUAGCCAGGACAUGGCUUGCGGCAAGGACGGUCAGAUCGCCGCCGCCUACACUUGCGCCGCCCCCGGCAACGCCCAGCUGACCUUCGAGUUCCGCCAGUGGCCCGACAAGCGCCAAGAGGGCUCUAUUGACCCCUCUCACAAGGGACCUUGCGCCGUCUACGUCAAGAAGGUUGACGACAUGUCCUCUCCCGCCGCCGGCCCCGGCUGGUUCAAGAUCUGGGAUGAGGGUUACGACGAAUCCACUCAGAAGUGGUGCGUCGACAAGCUCAUCGACAACAAGGGUCUCCUCACCGUCGAGCUCCCCUCCGGCCUCCCUGCCGGCUACUACUUUGUCCGCACCGAGGUCCUCGCCCUCCACCAGGCCGUCAGCCUGAGGGACCCCCAGUACUACGUCGGCUGCGCCCAGAUCUACAUCCAGAACGGCCCUUCGGGAGCUCUCGAGAUACCCUCCGAGUACGCCGUUAGCAUCCCCGGCUACAUUGACGGCUCUGAGCCCGGCAACAACUUCAACCUCUACGAUAACCCCAAGUUCCCCUACCCCAUCCCGGGUCCCGCGCCCUUCAGCCCCACCGGCACUUCUUCGAGCGUCAAGGCCGCAUCGUUCGAGGGUGGUGUCCCAGGCGACUGCUUGAUCAAGAACGCCAACUGGUGCGGUAAGGCCGUCGCGGCCUACAGCUCCGAGACAGGCUGCUGGGCCGGCGUUGACGCCUGCUACGCUCAGGGUAAUGAAUGCUUCGACUCGGCCCCGCCGACCGGCGCCAGCAACUGCUACAUCUGGAACGACAAGAUGUGCAAGGGCCUCGAGGCUCAGUGCCGGGCCAAGAACUUCAACGGUCCCCCUCAGAUCGAGAUGGAGGCGACCACCUCCUCCCCCCCAGGCCCCAUCCCCGCCGCCGUGAACCUCAACCUGCUCGGCGGCUCUUCCAACUCCAACACCGGCUCCGCCCCCGCUCCCUCUGCCGCCGCUUCUUCCGCCCCCGCUCCUGCUCCCUCCGCUGCCGCCUCAUCCCCUGCUGCCGCCGCCACCCCCGUGGCCGAGUACGCCCCCGUAGAGCCCGCUGCCACCAGCAAGCCCGCUCCCACCUUUGCUGCCGUCUCCUCCGCGGCCCCGGUCCCAGCUACUCCCACCGCCGCUGCCCCUGCCGCUCCCACCGCCGCUAACGGCCUCAAGAUCUCCACUGACGGCACAUGCGGUGGCGAGACCGGUCUCACCUGCGAGGGCAGCAAGUUCGGCGCCUGCUGCUCCGCCAGCGGCAAGUGCGGCAGCAAGAUCCUUCAGUGCAGACCUUCGUGCGGCUGCCAGAGCAAGUUCGGUCUCUGCCUCGAGCCCUCCAGCCUUCGUAAGAGCACAUACUAA